AUGAGUCAGCAACAAGAUGGUCCUCGCUACACCCAGCAGCGUCAAAUGAUGGUAGGAUCUGCUGCUCCCCCUCAAGCUGGACCUUCCCGAUUCCAAUCACCCCAGUCCUCUCGCGUUGAACCUCCAAUGUCCUCACCAACACAAUCACGUAUGGUGCCUGAUGCUCUUCAACAGCGAGCUCAUGCACCAUCAUCCUCGUAUCAAGCACCAUCUCACGUGGUGCCCUUCCUGACUCUUCAGCUUCACUUGCCAUUCGAGCCAUUUCGAAGAGCAGGAGCUAGCAUCAACACGGAUUUGACGCUGCGGUUGUCCGCCCACUCCAACCUGUCGACGCUGAGGCAUACGCAUUACCCUAAGGUGGAAAGGAGGGGCACGGAUCUUUGGCUUUGGGCACUUGCGCUCAGCUUGAGCUUGCCCGGACACAUCAUCGCACCUCCGCCCAAUCCUCCUCUCUUGCUGCUCGACUCGACCCUCGCAAAUGCGUCGGCGAAUGGCGGAGGGGGAGUCACAUCGACAGGCAGCGUCUCAGCCUCUCACGCCGCUCAGUACGACUCUGCAGCCCAUUUGCACGCCAGGUCCCUCUCCUCUUGGUUCUCUAGGCUGCUGAGCAUCCCAUCGGUCCUGCGUCAUCCAGCGACACCUCACCUGAUAGAAUGCGACUUCACCUAUACUCCACCGCUACCCACCUCGGGCCCAGGUAGUACAGCUUCAGCUGCGCGUAAAUUGGAAGCGGCGCUCAACAGUCUGCGCAAUUCCGGAAACUUGGCCAUCGAUGUUGGAGGUGGGCUGGGCUUGCCAUCUGGCGCUAUCACCGCUUCGCUACCCUCCCACUCCAACGGCUUCAACCCCGGAAGGGACUCUGGUGGUGGUGGUGGAGGAUUGUGGAGCAGCUUGACUGGAAAUUCGAAACCUGUUAGCACUGCUAUCAGUGGCGCGGAUACUGACGAAGAGCUCGUCGCAGCCAGAGCAGAAGUGACCAGGCUAGAGAUUCAAUUUAGCACAGCUGCCAAGAAGGCUGAGCUGGUCGCUGACAAGACCAAUGGUGAGAGAUCUGCCGCCCGAGCAAUAGCACAGUCUGAUGACCAGAUCCAUCGCAAAGGCUCACGCUGGAGCGACAAAUGCAACUCUCAGCUUUGACCGCAGCGCAACAGGCCCUCGCCACUCGCCUAGAAAGCUUGGCGCUUCUUGAGUCCACGCGCUCGAUUCCGGAGAGACGAGGCUUGCCCCGCACGCUACAAGACACAGCCAACUCGCUCCGGGCUCUGGGAGAGCGCAAAGAUGACUUGGUGAGUCGACCCAGUCUUGCAUGGCCGUCCCCCACUUCAUCGCAAUUUUCUGACCAAGACGUGUUCCUCUUGCUGCUGCUACCCUCGCUUGCAGACGGCCCAGACUGCGCUGCACCUGGCACAUCCGUUGGCGUAUCAGUCACACACGGCAAGAGCAGCCAGGGAUGCGCUGCUGGUGCGACACUCGCUGGUAGACACGGCUCACGAAGCUGCAGGCUUGGCUCUUCUGAGGCGAAAAGAGGCCGAGCAAUUGCGGUCGAGAGCAGCAAGCGUAGGCUACGACCGGCUCGAGGCGAAGCUGGGCGAGCUCAACGAUGUGAGCACACAUGCGAUGCGAUUGGAGAAGACUGCGGAACACUGACGCGUAGCCGAUGAUUUAUUAGGCGAAGCAACAUGCAGCUCAUUUGGACUCUCAACUCAAGGCUCUGUCUGAGAGCUUACGCAAGUCUCUUGGAACGCAUGCCAAAGCAACGCACAAGGAUUUACACGAAGCGCUCUGGGUGCAUGCGAAAGGAGCCGCAGCUGCUAACAAGGCCGCGCUAAAUCAGCUGCAUGGGCUGCAAAGGUUGUUUGGACAAGACAGCGACGCGGAGGAUGGCACAUUGCAGAGCGAAGGUGCGAGGCGUGGAGAAAGUUUGGACGACCCGUCAACGUCGGCCUCGACCGCUACGUCUGGGAUGCCGUCCAACUUGUCGGAUGCAUCGACGAUGUCCAGAAGCGGCUCUACCACACCAGCCGCUGCCCGCAGCUUGCAGACGCAGCCCCGUGCAGCUCGAGCAUCUACAGAGCAGAAGGAGAGCUUGCACGGAGCGAAUGCGACGCAGUCGGACUCUUACCGUCACGAUGCAGAAAACACUUCCGGCGGCACUGAAACACUCGCAGGCAGCAAUCAAUCCUCAGAGGCUGCACUCUUACCGCCGGACGAUUCACGGGACCAAACAGUCGCGACGCCAAGCACUGCGUGGAAAGCUGCAAUCGACGCGACUCCUUCCAGUAGAAGCGCAAGCCCGACAACCGUCAAAUCAGCCCUGGGGACCUCGGCUGCUUUCCAGUCGACCCACGAUGCGAGCUCCCCUUCGCCAUUCUCUCGUAUUGAUUCGAUUCCUCCUGUGCUAGUUGGCACGACCGACACUGCACGAGCUCCAGGCCAUAUUGACAGAGCUGCGAGCGGGCAAAGAGGACAGGAGGCCGACACCCCUGCCGCGCUCGCACACGCUUCUGGUUUGCAUUCGCCGAGCGGACAAGAAGCUAGCCUCACGCCGCGCGCACUCAACCAAACAGAGGCUUACACGCCCAGCGCAAGUCCCUCCGGGUCCCGAGGAGCUACCUUUCACGCACAAAGCACCAGCCCUACGCAUUCCACUUUGCGCAAGGACGAGCGUUACGUGCACGACACUGUCGUGUCGCCGAGCGGUAAGCGAGGUAAAGAGGGGCAAGAGGCGGGUGGGACUUGGGGAAGAAAGAGCAGAAUCUCUGCUAGCGAUGCGGCCAGAAAUCUUGCGGGCAGAUUCUGA